GGGAGGAAACUCCACAGAAGGUAACCUCAACAUCAGCUCAAUAUGAGGAAAAGUGCUCUCAGGUUUCUCAUUCUCACAGUUCUCUACCAGGUGGCCUGUGGUCUCUUUGGGCAAAAUGUUUAUGUCCAACAAAGAAGUACUUGGUCAGAGGCCAGACAGUACUGCAGACAGCAUCACACUGAUCUGACUUCAGUCGACACCACGGAGGAAAUCAUAGCACUCCUCCUUGAAGCACAGAAGAAGGAUUUGGUGUUGCCUAAUAUGUGGAUCGGUCUCUACAAGGAUGUCAAUCACACAUGGAAGUGGUCAGGAGGGACAAAUAUAUCACACCAGUUCUGGCCAGGAUUGGCAGACAUAACUGAAGCUAACUUAUGUGUGGCAAUAGACCGAACACAAUGGAAACUAAAGGACUGUGAGAAGCAAAAAUUCCCUUUCUGGUGCUUCGAGAGCCAACUCGUUUUGGUGAAGGAAAACAAAACCUGGGAGGAGGCGAUGGAGCACUGUCGCCACCUGGACAAAGAACUGGUAAGUCUGCCCUCCAAAUCUGCUCUGAUUCAAGCCCUGCAGAGUAGCAGGACAGUCCAGACAGACCGCGUGUGGAUCGCCCUGCGCUACCUGGCUAACACUUGGCUGUGGAUGGAUGGCUCCACAGUGAAGGACAAGAUGUGGAAGCAAAGGAAGAGAUCACAGUGUCCCGACUGGCGUCACCACUGUGGGGCUCUUUCACAAGAGGAAGAGCAGUGGGACAGCUGGGACUGUGCAGACACGCUUAACUUUCUCUGCUAUUAAAAUGUGAGCGUCCUAAAACCUACUGUGCACCCUGCCAGGAACUGUGAGAAGAUUCCUGUACUACUACUACAAAGAAAUGUUAGAAUUUACUACUGCGUGUGUUUCUAGAUAUGUACAUUUCUAUAUAUUUUGUCCUCUAAAAUCCACACUUGAGCUGUUUUACUCAUCUAUGUCUUUACAGUCACAUGAAGUGGUGAGAUGAGUGUGAAGGGAUUUUAAUUCAUUUGUAACCCAUAUCAAAUAUAAAUUACAUAAUUUAAAUAGUUAUUUAUUCUGGACCCUUCCUUUCUGUCUUUGUUAUUUUAAUAUCUCUCCAAAGGUACUCAAACUGGACAUAUGUGCUUAUACUGAAUGCAAACAGUUACAAAAUAUUAAUUAAAAUCAACUUGUGUGUAUUUUUACUUCAACCCUUAGAAGCAUGAGAGGAUCACAAAUGACUCGGUGAGGUUGUUUUCUUGGAACAUCUUUGUAAUGAAAAGUUUUUACCUUUGCAUUUUCCAGCUAUUCCUCAAAAAACAUGUUUUUGACAUCACUGCAUUAAAAUUUUUAAGUUACCUUUUACACUUUUAAAGAAACUGUAUUUUUGUAUUACUACCCCAAGCUUGUUGUCAUUGAUAAUAUCAUACAAAAGAUGAUGAAGUACACAAACUUGGAGGGACGGAGAGCAGCAACAACUGGAGGAAAAGAGUGGAAAAAUGCCAACAAAAUGGUUGUGGACAUUCUUCUAUUGCUGUUCCGUGUAAUAUUUUUUAUUUUCAAUUAUCAAAAUGUUCAAAAUGUGUUAUAAAGUGAAAAAUAAGCAUAUUUCAAACACGAAAUCAUUCUUGUGUGGACAAAAAUAUAAUACAAACAAUAAUGCAAAUGACUAUUUUAAAAACACAUUGAUUCUUAUACGGGUCUUUUUUUACCUGUUUUUGAAGACUGUAGGGUCCAAUCACUGGAGCAUCUAAGGAUUAAAAGAGGCACAAAUAUCUGCUGAGUGGCUCACUGACUGAUAUGAUGCCUAUGUUGAAUUAUUUAGUCUGGUAUACUAUCCCAAAUGAAAGCUAAUCUCCUUCAUACAUUACAUCUCUACAGCAGAUCUUGUUCAAAUAAAAAAAAUUAAUUGGA